AUGUCUGUGUACAUGUAUGGUAGUAGAAAGUGCACAGAGAACGAGGCCAAGGAAGAUAGAACCAUCAGAGAAUUGGUUGGCCGCUUGUCAUGGCCAAAUGAUCCUAGAUUGAAGGGCUGUCGCAAGAACACGCGCCUCCUAGAUGCUGUCGGAAAUGGUGACAUCGAGAGAAUAUCUAAACUAUUAAAGUUAGAUGCUAGCCCCAAUGCCACGUGCCAUCUAAACUGCGUAUCAGCUUGUCACAUGGCUGCCAUGAUGGAUAAUGAAUCGUUAUCGAUGCUCAUCGCAGCUGGGGCUCAAAGCUUUAGGACUGAUGGUCUUGGUCGAAUUCCACUACAUCUCGCCGCUUGGGCAGGAAGAUCGAGACAAAUUGCUGUUUUAUUGGAUUUUCCAGAAUACUUCCAAAAUAAAGUUGAAGUUAAAAAAAUACCACCAAAAAUCGAGCUUGAAAUAAAAAAAAUGUGUUUUAAAGAAAAACAUCUAAUUAACGUUCCAUGUGACACGACUAAGUCUUCCACUCUUCCUGAGGCUUGGAGUGACAGCAUGGAGCACGACUGUCACCAAUUUAGUAAACACAUGCCGGAAAUUGAGUCAGGCUGGACAGCACUGCAUUUAGCUUGUGCGCGGGUGCAUUAUUCCUGCAUUCAGUUGCUACUCGCUGCUGGAGCCGACUUCAACGCGUUAGACGUUGUGGGCAGAACGCCCUUGGACGUGAUGGGAGCUGCACACCAUUUGGGGUUUGCUAUCGACAUCCGCGAUUUUAUUGACACUAUCAGCCUCAUAGCAGUUGCGGGUGGAAUAAUAAAAGAUAAUCCUUUCAUGAAUGGUUCGGGAACCAUUAAUACAUUGCUACAUACAGCAGUGGAGUUGGGAAGUAAGGAAGCCGUAAAGGUACUUCUGAAAGCGGGUGCUUCUGCAAUCAGUCUUAAUAGUAAUGGUCUGACUCCCUUACAUAUUUGUGUUAGCAGAAAACUCAAAAAGAUUUUGCAGUUACUAGCAAACUUUGAGCACAGUAAUCAACAUACUCAAGUAGAAGUUGUAGAUGCUAAAGAUAAAAAUGGGGAGACUUUCCUCGGUGCCGCAGUCAGAGCGCAGUGGAUAGAUGGCGUGCGCGUUGCUGUAGGAGCUGGUGCUAACGUUUUUAUACAGGCAAAUGAUGGCAAUUCACCCUUUCACUUCGCCGCGGCACUUGGCAAUGUACAAAUUUUCGAAACUUUAUUAACUGUUGCCAAAUACUCUAUCGACUUACCGAAUCAAGAAGGUCAAACAGCUCUCUCCAUAGCCGUGGCACACAACCACCUAAAUAUUGUUAAAUUAUUACUCAGCAAUGGUGCCUCUUUCGUGAAUAAUAAACCUAAUGGUGAUAACUGUAAUGUCGUGCAUAUAGCGGCUGAGCAUGGUCAUGUAAAAAUAUUAUCAUUUUUACUUAACUGUAAUGCAUUUUAUGAGAAGAAUUUGAUAGACGAUAUAACAAAUGUAAGCCGACGUACUCCAAUAUUUAAUGCUGUUAUGAACAAUCACCUCGAUUGCGUGUCCCUGCUACUUAUUCACCGUGCGACCAUCGAUAUUUUAUUACCAUAUAAGUAUAGUACAGGUGAAGUUAUAAACACCACAGUUUUACAUAUCGCGGCGGCUGAAAAUUAUGUCGAAAUUGUUGAGGUCCUGUUAGAAUUUGAUAGCAAAAUAAUAAAUAAACGUAAUUCGGCAGGAUUACAACCUUUGCAUGAAGCGUGUAUCCAUGGUAAUAGACAUAUAAUUGCUCUACUAAUACAAAAAGGAGCUGAUUUAUCAGCAACACAUCCUAAAGUGAAAACCCCUAUUCAGAUUUUAAUGAAUAAUUUAUCGAAACCGACCGCAUUUUUGGAAGAAAUUUUUGAUUCUUAUAUUACUACUUGCGGUUUAAACAUUGAAGAUAAAGACUGCAAGGUGAAGAUUGAUUACAGACUACUGUUGCCGAAUGCUUUAGAAAUGAAAGAAGUAAAAGUAAUCAAAGCUCUAGUUAAUACUGGAAAUAGUGACAAUCAGAAGACACUGCUUCAUCAUCCGAUGAUAGAAAGCUUCCUUUAUUUAAAAUGGAAGUCACUUUUACCAUUUUUCUACUUUAUAGUUGGACUGUAUGGAUGCUGUGUUGUAUCGUUAAAUAUGUAUGUGAUGUCAGUUUUCUUCGAACUGGAUAAAAACGAGAAUCAGGAUGAAAAGAAACCAAUCUUGUUCCAUGUAUUUACCUGGAAAAUUAUGACAAUUUUGACUGGUGGACUAGUCAUGAUGCAGAUUAUGUUUAUGAAGAUUAUGGCAGGAAAAAGUUAUUUCUUCUUCUUAGAGACUUGGACAAAUUUUAUAGCUACUAUAUUGGCUAUGUUCCUACCUACAGUGAUAUCGACUUUCAGCCCUGAAUCUGAGCUAAUGCGAGCUGUAGCGUGUAUAGCUGUCCUCCUGACCUGGUUAGAGAUGAUGCUCCUCCUCUGCAAAUUUCCACGAUGGGGAUUCUAUGUUUUAAUGUUCGGAAAAGUUACAGCAAAAGUAUUAAAAGUACUGCUAAAUUUUGGGUUUCUAAUCAUUGGUUUCUCAAUCUGCUUUAUGAUACAAUUUCGAAGAAAACCUCCAUUUGAGACUUUGUGGGCUUCAGUUUCUAAAACACUAGUGAUGAUGACGUCAGAAUACGACUAUUCAUCAACCAUAAACAAUAAGAACUCAGAAGACAUCGACACACAUAUAUCAAUUCUACGUGUGAUAUUUGUUGCAUUUGUGAUAUUGGCCUCGAUAGUACUCAUGAAUUUGAUGAUAGGUGUUGCAGUGAACGACGUCAAUAAUUUAGAGAAAAUAGGAAAUCAGAGAAGGUUAGAGAAGCAGGUGGACUUUCUGUCUUCUUUGGAAGAUGCAGACAAAUAUAUUCGAAAAGUUCUACCAAAAAGGUAUUACAAACUAGCCAUUUUUGAUGAGAACGACGUCGUUACCUUAAGUCCGCAUAAACAAACGUGCAAAUAUUACAAAUUAUUUCCGAUACACAUACGUGAGGCUUUAUUUGAAAAGGCUCAGUCACAGAAGAAACAAAUAGACGAGGUUUGCUCAUUGGGUUUGGAAAAAAGACUUGAUGAAAUACAAUACGCUAUAGUUAGACAGAAUGAGAUGCUAGAACAGUUCAGCAAAGAUAUCAUGACAAAAAUACAGGAUCAUAUUAAAUCAAUAAAGUGA